UUGUUUUGCAUUGAAUAUGGCUGCCAUAUUUAGUUUAGAUGUCUGUUUUCAAAUGGAUAUCGGUGAUUAGUGAAGAAUUAAUGUAGUUAUAACGCUGAAUAGGGGUGAAUUGAGUGAGAAUAUUACGAAUUAUUCGUUUCUGCAUAAUGGAGGAUGAAAUUCCAGUUACCUUUCCAUACUUUUAUGGGAAAUGUUACUGUUUACAUCGGUGAUUGGAAACUUUCCUUCAUUCGAUGUCAUUUUAAGUAAACUUCGCAGAACUGGCAUCACAAUUCGAAUUAAACCAAUGCGUUGGUGGUUCUUCCACCAAUUUAUUUAUAUAUCCACAAAAUGUUAAAAACAUGAGUUUAUGUAUAGAUGGUAAUAAUGUGCUCACCAGUCAGGUGAGCACAUCAUCUGCAAUACAACUGUCUGAAAAAUCCCCAAAUGAAAAUGCUCCAAUACUGACAACAGCGACUACUCCAAUAUCUAGUCCAAUUGAAUUAAAUGAUACUCAGCAUCAGCAAUUUUUCAAUAAAAAGACUGUUACCAAGCUAUUAGUCUCGAAUCAAACAUCAGUUGUUGGAAAUGUUACUCCAGUUUUACAAAAAAUAUCGAAUCCCCCAGUGAUAACAGUUCUAAACUCCGCUGGAGGCCCUUUGACAGUAUUGAAGACAAUAUGUGUAACAUCAGGGGUUUCUAGUGCACCACACUUCUCGUUAGUGAAUAAUCAAUCUUUGACUGUAACAAAUGCAGUCGGGAAGACACCAACCAUAACAUUACUUAAUACCCCAGUUACUGUUGUGAAAAUGACUCCUCCUCAAUCCCAAAAUGUCGAAAACAAACCUUUGGACAAUACCAAUUGUUCUGUGAGUACACAGAAUGUGUCCACGAUAAUAGAAAACAGAGCUCACAAUGUUUUUGUGAAAAAUACUUGUUCAGAUUCUUCCGUAUCUGACGUACAACAAGGACACAAAUUUCUAACUGCUAAUAGUUUUUCUCAAACUAACGUAUUGACUAGUAUCCCAACGACAAGCGGAAAGGCAGUUAAUAAUCAGAGAAGUAAAUUGAAGAUAUUGAGUAAUGUAGUGGUACCGUCUAUGACAAGUGCUUCGAAUAUCCAGCCAUCAACAAAUCAAAUUAUGACAAAACCAAACUCUCAACCCCAACAACAGCAAAGAUUAGUUCCAAGGCAAAAAGUCCUGGGUCCUAAUGGAAAUCAACCGAAGUAUAUAAAUAAAUUGGCGAAUAACAGCCAGCAACAAAAAUCAGUAUGUAACUUAAAACAGAACACGGAAAAGGCUCAGCAGCAAGCUAAACUCUUGUAUCCUACACAUAAGAGCCAAAUCAAGACUUUACCGCCUAUGAACAAUUAUAUGACUAAGCCAAGUAUGAAACCGUUAAAUUCUCAACAGCCAAAGAAUAUUCCUGCUCAAGUCCAGAGAACAGGUUCUGGUUUAAGAACGAUACCACCUCAAAGGCCUCCUAAGCUUCCAAACAAGUUGAACUAUAUCGGAAAACAUGCAGUUCAGGCUCAAAAAAUCAAACACGGUCAAAAUCGCUUUAACAAACCUCUAAAGCAGCCUGCGCCUGCUUUUUACAACAGCUGUGUCCCAUCGGCUCAUUCUAAUAAACAGUUGGCCUUCAAUCAAGCCUUGACAGCUGAAAUUUUAGAAACUCUAGGUAAUAAAACUGGACCUACCACCAGCUACCAGAGUAGUAAAGGCUACGAAAUAAUGCCCAACAGAUAUUCUACACCUUACGAAGAGCAAACACUGGAAUCUAUGAAAUAUGAGGAUAAGUCAAAGUCUGGUUUGGACGCUUUAUCCUUGAUAUGUCAGGCCGUUUUACUUGAUCACAACUAUAAUGCAACCUUACCGCCAGAUUCUCCCACUAGGACUGUUCCCCUGACGAGUAAUCCAUUGCAACCCAAUGGUAUGACCGGCACUAUGCUGAUUUAUUCGCCAGGGGGCAGUUCUAAGAACAAAUAUCCGCCAGAUCGAAGUAAGAUACUCGAGCCGUUGCCGUCUGGAUCAGAUCUAAAACGUGGAUCUUUUCUAGAAAGAACACUUUCUUGCUCAAACACGAUAUCCACAAGUUCCAGCUUGACAAAUAUCUCUUCUUCGUUGCCAAGCAAUAGCACAUCUUUGGUUAACCUUCAAGACGACGAUGCGGCUUCCGAUAUCAGCGAUUGCUCAGAUAGAAAACACGAUACAGAAGGCGAAGAAACUGAUACUGCUCCAGAAGCUGAAGCCGUCAAUAACGAUGAGCUUUACGAUCAUUACGGAGACUAUGUGACUAGAUGUAUAUGCGGUUUCUUACAUGACGAUGGUUACAUGGUGGAAUGUGAUCAAUGUAAAGUGUGGCAGCACGUACAAUGCGUUGUUAAGAAUAAACAGGUACCAGACGAGUAUCUUUGUGAAAAGUGUAAUCCGUCGAAACCAGUCGAUCCCCAAAAGGCCAGGAUGAUCCAACAGCAGUGGCUGAAGGAAAGACAACUACCGGAGAUGAAGAAUUUCAAAAAAGACAUCAAAAUGAAGGAGAAUCCCAAGUUGAAGGAAAUCCCGUCGGAUACUGAUUCUUCAGACGCGGAAAAUCCGAAAAAUAACAAUAAUACAGUCAACACUAAAGGGAGAACGCCAACGACGCAAAGGAAAAAAACGGAAAAACCGUUGACCAAGCAAAAAAAGGAACUGAAAGAAUCGAACUUGCAAAGAAAGAGUUUCAAGAAACGGGAAAGGAAGUUGAUACGAAGAAAGAGUAAGUUACAAACUAAAAAGGAAGAAGACGAAAAUCGCGAAUCUCUCUCGAUGACGCAACUGCCCCAACUCAGGCAGUGGAUCGAGAAUUACGAGGAAGCCGUCACCAAUCACUAUUCGCCCGAACUACGAGCUCGAAUAUCCAACAUCAGGGUGAACGGAUCUCAGAACAUCGACACGUCGGUACCGUACGAUCCUUCAGUGAACAAGUGCAGGGUUCACACUCUACCUUUGACCGAUCUGAAAUAUCUGGUAGCUACCGAAGAUGUAUCGCCCGACUCUUCGAUCAUCGAACUGAGGGGUAAAUACAUGCUGAGCAUUCAACAUCGGAAUCCGGGAGGGAACUUGAACACGCGACAGCACGCCCAGAGGCCUGGGCCGUUCUUGUUUUUUUACCGUCUCAACAAAGAUAACACAGAGGUAUGUGUCGAUACAAGGACUUAUGGAAACGUGGCAAGGUUCGUGAGACGUUCCUGCAAACCCAACGCGGAACUGAGACACUGCAUCGAGAAGGGCGUUUUGCAUCUGUUCAUAGUGGCCAUCUUCAGGAUCGAAAAAUGCGCUGAAAUCACGAUAAAACACGAAUCUCACGACUUGGCCGCCAUCGGUACCACUCAGAUCUCUUGCUAUUGCGGCAACCCGGCCGAAUGUAAAGUGAACAAGACUACAGUGAAAAGGAACGGAGAGGCAGUGGCGGAGGUGUGUAGAAAGAAGAGAGGCAGGAGGACGGCGUCCAUCUCGACGCCCUCCGAACCUGAAACGCCGCCCGUUGCUCCGAAAGAGGAGGCUCCCGUCUGCGAACCUUCUCCCCCGGCGGUGCAAGCGCCCGCUCCCCGUUCUCCGAGCCCGGUGAAGAUCAAGGUUGAAAAAAUGGAAGAGGAGGUCCAAAACGACGUGAAAACGGAAGAGGACAUUGAAGUGAAGGAAGAAAUCCUGGACGUUAAGGAAACCGAAGUGGUACCUGUUAAGGAAGAAAGACCCGUGACUCCGGUCGAAGAAAAGGACUCCCCAGUACCUGAUGAAACGUCCGAAUCUGACGAGAAAGACGUGAAGAAAGAGGAGAAGGAGAACGAGUGUAAAAAGAGCCCGGUUUCCGUUUCCACUAGAAGGUCCUCCCAGAACAAAGGGGAAAAGGAGAAGGACGAUGAGAAGCCUGCUACAAAACAAGAAAAAAGCAAGAACAAGAAACUGAGUCGUGAAGAGAGGAAAUUAGAGGCGAUCCUGAGGGCCAUUGAACAAAUGGAAAAGGCCAAUCAGAGAAAGCAAGAACACAAACAAACGAAACAUGUACAAAGGAGAGAAUCCGAACCGUCUCCAUACAGCAAGGAGGAGGAGAAAACCGCCGAUCUUAAGCAAAAGAGGAAACGAAGGAAAGGGAGAGCGAGGACGACGAGCACACACAGCACGACGAGAAGGGACAGAUUGAAUUCUGGCGAUUCGUAUUUCACGUCCGGAGACGAGAAUAUGCUGUCCCCGAACGACGGUAUACACCCUAAGAAAGCCGAUGAAACAACAGACGAUAGUACAUCGGGAAAACACGAAGGGUUCCUGUUAACUUUCUCCAACAAAGACGAAACCGGCAAGAGAGACAAAUCCCCGAUCAGAGAGAACGACUCGAAUUCGAAUUCCGCCCAUUCUUCGCCGGAAACGCCGCUGUCUCUGGCCUGUUCCCUGGUACAGGCCGCCGUCGAACCCUUGGAGUCCGGAUUCAAGUUUCCGAAAACCAAGAAGGGCAUGAUGAACGAAUGGCUCAACAAGACGCCGGAAGCCGUUCAGACCGCCACCUCCAGUCCUUUGUCGUUACAUAUCCAGAACGCGGAAGCCGAGAUGAACGCCAAUUUCAACGCUCCGUCGAAGAUCGUCGCCAGCGAAUCCGCCCCCAAGGGAAGCGCUAAAAAAAGAUGGCUCAGGCAGGCGAUCAGCGAAGACAAAUGCGACAGUCCUCAAGAAUCUCCGCCAAUCAGCGACAUGGUGGCCCCGCCGAAGAAGAGACGUCUACCGAGAGAAUCCAUAUCAAACGACAACACCCCACCCUCGACCCCCACGAGUUUGGUGCCCCCCGAAAAUAGGAUGGACUGUGAGGCCGCCGGGGGCCCUUCGCAGGAACCGCGCUCUUUCCACCUCCUGUACGAAGACUGCGUCGAUAGCCAGAAGGAGACCCUGGAAUCGGAUCACGUUUUGAAGGAGAGGGCGGCGGAGAUGAAACAGGAAUUCGGCAAGACCCUGACGACGCCGGAGAUCAAUCAGAGACCGGACACCCUGUCUUUCGGAUGUCUGAUGGAUCCUAGGUUGAGGAAUCACCAUUUCGCCAACAGCGAACACCUGGUUGGCACCGUCGAGAAGACCCUCAGCAUCCUGGGAUUCGAAGAACGGAAGCCCGAGGUUCCCCCGAUAAGACGAAAGUUGUCCAUAACAGAAUACCGACAGCGAAAGAAACUGAACAACAACGAAGUAUGUGAUAAAUCCGAAGAGACGGGCAACGCGGAAGACUGCGUCAACGAGGAGAACAACUCCUCGGAAUCGUUUCAGAUGUCUUCCGCACGUCCGAGGGCUAACAGUCCGAGCAGUUCGUCGAGCUCGUCUUCGGACGACGAAACGUCUGUGAUUACCGAAUUACCGGCAAAAGUGCCCGCAUUCAAUUCCGAACCGACGGAACUGGAGAGGCAGAGAGAAAUGCAGAGCUUGAGGUUGAAGAAGGCAUUCGGAUUGUCCAUAGACGUUGAACCCAAAAAGCCAGCCAUAACCGGAGAUUCAAUUUUCAAGAGCGAGUUAACGGCGCCGCCCCUGAUCAAAUCUUUCACCAUUCUCGACAGCCCCGGCUACCCCACCCCGUCCGGCAGCGAAAUCUCGGACGUGAACAAAUCCACAUUGAAUUCUCCCCGACUUCACGCCAUCCUGACGCAGACCGACCGUCCCGGUCUGUCGCCAAAUAUGACGGAACAGGAGAGAGACUCUCCCGUCGUCGACGAUAAGACGAUCGACGGACGAACCACCCCAAUCACCGAUGAACGACAACCCGAAGACGUAGUCAUGACGGAAAUUCCCGAAAAAGAGAUUGUCGACGAUAAGGAGACGUCCAGCGCGGAAGAAGUGAUGGACUUUGAGGAGGCCCCCGAAGAAGAUGAAGAAGAUGACGACGAGGCGGAAAUCGGGGAGAAAGGAGUGAAACCUCAUUUGUUUUACACCCCCGACGAAGAAGAAGAGGAGGAAGAGGUUGAGGAAAAGGAGUUUCCGGAAACUGAGAGCGUCAGUUACGUACCUCCCUUCAAUAAUCCCAUUUAUCCGAGUAUCAGUUACACCUCUGUUAUCGACGAGGAAGGUCGGUACGAGGGUCGCAACCCUUCGCCGCCCCCUUCUCAUUUAUAGUCGGAUGACGUAGAAACUUGAGAAUAAUCUAGAAUUUCAAUGUGAAAAGGUGGAUGUGUGCAAUCGAGACUUGUUCCGAAUCGUCGAGAUUUGGGAGCACUGUAUAUAGUUGUUUUAUUUUCGGAGAUUUAUUUUUUAAAUAUAUUUAAGUGAAGAUGAAAUUGCUUAAAAGAUAUUAUGGUCUGACUACUGAGGAAAUAUGUAGGAGUACGUUUUGUUCUUUUUUUUUUUAACCGAGUUGCUUUAUUUUUGUAGAUUAUAAUGUAAGAAAUGUAAACUUUGUAAAUAACCUUAACCAAUAAGGAGAAUUAUGGAAUUAGUUUCAAUUUGGUACAACAUUUCACAAAUGGCAUGAAAUAUUUAUUGUUUUGUUGAUGUUAUUAUUUAUUUAUUUCAAAAUUUAUGUUGGAAUGUAUAUGAUAUACAAAUGUAUUUAUUCGUUGGGGGGUUUGGAUGGACGACUAAGUUAACAGUCUGUUACAUAUUUGUUGAAUCCGUUUUCGACUCAAGAAAAUUAUCUAUAACUUCCACUGGAUGUUUUAAACGUGGGUAAUCCAGAAUCUACUUUGAAGAUACAAUUAUAAUUCUGGAUGAAAUCGCCUUUCGAACAUCAUUUGGGACACGUAAAACUAAAUUUGCAAGAGUGUAACAUGGACGAAUCUUCGUCCAAACCCUCCAAUCUUGAGAAAUUAAACCAGUGAUAGUUGGCCAUUCAAAAUGUAUAUAAAAUUUUAGAGUUCUUGCCACUUGUGGAACAUGUAUAUAACUGUUUAUACAUGUUAUAAAUUUAAAGUACAAAAUUGGUUUAAGAGUUGAUCUCGUCUUUUAAGAGUAGAAGCUUUUUUAUUUUUUCUAUAAUGAUAGAAUUAAAAGAAUAAUUAUUUGUAUUAUUAGGAAAACAGGUGUUCACACGACUUUAUACCAAGGCGGGAAUUAUGUUAUUUCGUUCUUUCAGCAGAAGCUAUUUCAUUUUUGUUCGGCAUCUUGUUUUCGUUUCCGAUAGAAUUAAUGUUUGAUUCAAAAUUUAAGUUAAAUAUAUCGUUCUUUCAUCGAUAUGACGGUUACACCUGUAUCGUGUCAGCUUAAGAAUUAUUUUGUUUUAUUUUAUCUUGUUGUGCUUUCUCUUCUUAAAAGUUGUUUUUGUUUCGAGAUAAAUUCCCUAAACUGUUUAUGGGCAAUUCGAUUAAUAAGUUUCCUUCGAAAUGAAGUAACUCAGAUCAUUCAGUGUUUAUUUCAGUUACUGUUGGUUAUUCAGAAUAAUCUAUUAAAUACUUCCAAUCGUUCCAGUACAUUGAGUUUUGUUUCAAUUAUUCAUUAGUGAUAAGGAAUUGUCUGAACAUCACAAAAUUUUAUGGAAGUCGUUGAUCCCAGUGUAAAUAAUUAUUGUAAAUAUAUAAUAUAUUUAUAUAUGAAGCUGUAAAUUCAACCGUACUACUUGACAACAAGGUUAUACCAGUGUUUUUGUUAGUAUUAAUUUAUUUAUUUCUUUACUUCACUAAUGAAGGAAUAACAGAAGGAUUCUUAAGUGUGUAAAUAUUUCAUUCUUUUUUUACUUCCGUUAGAAAUAUCUUUUCGUACUAGGGUGAGAGAGCCACAUUUGAGCUGUAAAGAAUUUAAAUCUGACCUGGAAGUAAAAUGUAGAAUCGGAGUCUGAAAAUGCGUCAAAUAUUAAUUUUAUUAUCGGGAUGCAUAUAAUUUUUGAAGGGUGAUUACAUCCCCUAGGUUGAACCAGAUUUAAAUUGAUCAGUAUUUGUUGGAUUAUUAAGUUUGGCGAUAAUAAAAAUAAUAUUGACGCAGUUCAUUCAAAGUAUCAAGUGUCAUUCAACGAUAAAAUUAAGAUAUAGAAUAUUUUAAUAUAUAUAUAUAUGAUACAGCUGUAUAUAAUACAUAAUUUGAUGUUGGUACGAACUUUCGUACAAUUAAUAAUAAAUUGAGAUAAUUUAAA